AUGUGGCUCACACUUGGAGCAGCAGCACUUGUGGCCUAUCUAGCCUAUUACUUUGCCAUUCGCAGCGCUUCUGGAGAUCGCCAUAUUCAUUUCCUGGAACUACAUAAUAAAUAUGGCCCCUUUGUACGGUUCGCUCUAAAUAGAAUCUCCGUCAACACGACCGAGGGACUGCAGAAGAUAUACGGAGCAAAGGAUAACACACAGAAGUCAUGCUCGCUUACGUCGAUUGACCACAGCCUGCAUCUGAAGAAGAAACGAGUUAUGUCAUCCGCACUGUCCGAUAGCUCUGUGAGAGCGAUGGAAGACAUAGUUCUGAGGAAUAUCAUAAACUCUCGUUUGAGCGAUAUCUGUUUCUCCAACUCCUUCGAUAUGUUGGACAAGCCGGACAACAGAUACAUCUUGAAGGUUUUACCAUUAGGCGUAAAUGCACUGAGCAUGAGCGGAUGGAUGCCAGGUGUCCUGCGUCUGAAACUUGGCAAGAUUCUCUUUUCCAAGCUUAAUGAAGACAUGAAGCGAUACGAAGCAUUUGCGAACGAGCCGUUGUUUAGCGAUCAUGACUUGGUCAGGGAAUCCAGUCUGCUUAUCACCGGCACUACGGCCAUCUCAGCUACCUUCUUCUAUCUCCUGCACAACCUACAUGCUUAUCAGAGGAUCAAAGACGAAGUUCGGCCCUGUUUGAAGAGUGUUGAUGAGAUCGUUGGAUGCGCAACCUUGAUCUCUUGUCGGUGGCUCCGUGUGUGCAUAGAUGAAGCCAUGCGCAUGUCUCCUGACGUACCAGGCCUCUUGCUGCGGCACGCACUCGCCGGCGACGUGGAGAUUGCCGGACAUGUGUUUCCUGAAGGCGUCGACCUCGGUGUGUGUCACUACUCCAUUCAUCAUAAUGAGGAGUACUGCCCUGACUCAUUCUGCUACCGACUAGAACGAUGCCUUGAGGUCAGGAGCACGAACUCGAAAUCUGGUCACGAGAAAGCUGCUUUCUGCACAUUCAGUAUCGGACUUCGCGGUUGUGCUGGCAAAUCUAUGGCGAUGAAGGAGCUUUUGGUUACUAUUACCCGCUUUGUUUGGCUAUAUAAUAUGCGCCUCGCGCCUAUUGAGGAAUAUUGUGGUGCGAGAGGGAGUGGCAAAGGCUAUAGCAGGCAUCGCAUUAUCGAAUAUCAGAUGCAGGAUAUAUUUGUGAGCAGAUCUGAUAGACCCCAAGUACAAUUUCGCCGUCUGGUUUAG